UUCAAGCUUUAAUUUGCUCUGGUCCAUCAAUCACGAGCUCCAUGGUGGCAACACUUGAACCUCAACUAAUGGAGAUCCCCGCGGUGGACCUCCACGGGAUAGAGCCCAGAUCGCAGGGGUGGGAGGAGGCCAAGGCCUCGGUGACGGCCUCCAUGGUGGCGCACGGCUUCGUCGUCGUCAGGCACGGCGGCGCGCUCGGGCCGGACCUCAGGCGGGCGCUGUUCGGGCACGCCAUGCCUGAGCUCUUCGCUCUCCCGGUCGAGGCCAAGCAACGGACCGUCUCCAGAUGGGGCCCUUUCAAGAGCUACCUCGGCAAUGCUCCCGGCCUCGUCCGGGAGAGCCUACGCGUCGAGGACGCAGCCGAUGCCGCCCGCGGUGAAUUCGCCCACCUCAUGUGGCCGCUGCAGGGCAACCCUGCCUUCUGCGAUACGAUCGUGACGUUCGCCAAGAACAUGGUGGAGCUCCAGCGGACGGUGCUGAGGAUGACCCUGGAGGGCCUCGGCGUCCGGGAGGACCACAUCCAACUCAUCCUGGGCUCGCACACCCACGCCGUGCGGCUGUCUCGCUAUGGCGUCCCCGAGGACACGGCGACGGGCAUGUCGGUGAGGGCCCACCACGACGGAGGCAUGCUCACCGUCGUCGUGCAGCACGAGGUGGAAGGGCUCGAGGUGCAGGCCGGCGGCGAUGGGAGGUGGCUCGCGGCGCCGACCGAGCCCGACACCUUCACCUGCCUCGCCGGCAAACUGCUCACGGUGGUGACCAAUGGGCGGGUGCCGGCGUGCUUCCACCGGGUGAGGACGCCGAGCAACCGGGAGCGCUACAGCGUGCUGUUCCUCUGCCGGCCCAGGGAUGGCGCGGUGGUCAGCGCCAUGGACGAGCUCGUGGAUGCGGAGCAUCCUCUGGUGUAUAACCCGUGCAACCUCGACGAUUACGGCGAGUUCCGUAAGUCGGAGGAAGGGCGCAAGUCCAGCGAUCCACUCAGGGCGUUCUGUGGAGUGGAGACGGCAGCGCAAGGAGAAUACAGGGAAUAUGGCCAUUAUUUGUUUUACCAGUAAUCCACCAUUUUCACGGCUGCUUUAAUUACGUUAUUAAGCUUUGGAUUAAACGUAUAAAUUAAUAAUAGAUGUUCCCCCUCCAUGUCCAAA